AAUUUUGAAAUGACUUUGAAUUCAGGACCUUGCUUUAAGAGCCAAGUUGUCGAGUGCUUCUCUUGUAUUGGACAAGCAUUUACAACCAACGCAGCUCCACAUUCUUCCUCGAAYUUUCAAGUGAUUGUAAUCUGUUAUUCAAGUAAUUCAAAACCWAACCUAACACAGCCCUUGUUUGAUGUGACCUCAAAGGAGUUUACUUCAAGGCUAACCCUUGACUGGAAAUUCACUUGUGUUGACAACAGGAUAAUGUUAGUCUUAGGCUAUCAGCCAUCAGAGCUUGUAAAUAAAUCCAUAUAUGCAUUUAUUCAUCAUGAGGAUCUGGUAAAUAUCAAGACCUAUCAUGAAAUGCUUGUCCGCAAAGGGCGUAUCAAUACAUGCUACUAUAGAUUCCUAACAAAAGGAGAGGUAUGGGUCUGGUUAAGAAGCUGCUGUCACAUUUCUUAUAACCAGUGGAACUCUAAGCCAGAGUAUGUUACAGUUAAAUCCAAUCCAGUUCACUAUGAAGAGGUCUUCUCCAAUCAGGAAGUCCUUGUCAAGAAUGAUCGUCUUCAUUUUCAGAGUAUAACUCGAGACUUUCGAUCUGAGAGCUGUAUUAAGAUUCACUCAAAGAGGGCUGAUUCCCCUCUCAGUUUUGCAUGCUCUGAGAAAUCCAAGGAUCAAGCCRAAGUGGAAAACACUAAUAUUYUAAACAUGUUUUCACAUGCCAGAACAAGUGAUAAAAUGGACAAAGGAAAGGAGACUGCUUCUAAAGGCACUGAAAGCUCAGUAUUUAACUCUUUCCCAGCUCCWGAUGGRCUGUCGCCUGCCCAGUACAAGCUGCAUGUUCAGUUACAAGGGAAGCAYCAAUUACUUGAGAAUUCCAUYAAGAAUCAAAUUACAGAGCUUAACAAAAUUAAACGUCAAAUUGACAUCAAUCGACAGUUGUGGGAAUUUAACAGGCAACUUCAAGAGAAAAAGGCCCAAAAACUUGGAAAAGGUAGUUCUUUGACGUCAAGUCGUGCGUCAUUCAGUGAAAGUGAUAAAGUUAGUACUUACACUGUYGAUGAAGAAAUGGAGAUGUCAAAUGGGGCAAUAUUAAACAGUCCUGCAAAUAUGACAUUUCCUGAAAGUGCUUACUUGACUAUAGAUGAUUUCAAUGAAGAUUUAGAACCUCCAAGCAUCUCUACUUCCUUGGAAACAACUUCACAAUUGUUUGCUCCACCACAGCCUUACAACUAUUUUAAAUUCUAGUUCUUAACUUCUGUAYUGUAGGCACAAUCCUCAAGAGUGAUUUCAACACUUCUAAAUUAUUGGAUUUAUAUACAGCAAUAUGCAGAAAUUAUGAUCAUUUUGACUCAUAUUCCAAGUGCAAUUAUGGGAAAUUAUGUGAAAUUAUGGGAUAUCAUCUCCAAUAUUUUUUUCAGAAAGUGCUAGUGCUACUAAGGCAAAUUAAAAAAAUAUCAGUGUCAGAUGAUAUCCCAUGAUUUCUGAUAUACAGUUUGUACAGUAUUUUAUACAAUCAUGUACUUGGAAUACGAAUCAAACUGAUCWUAAUUACUGCAUAUUGCUGUAUUAUUAUAAUUAUUGAAUAUAAGUUAUAAUCCUGAAAGCUAAACUGCAAAUAGUUACUAUUUUUCAGUGAACUAUAAAUUGAUUCAUAGCUGAAAUAUCUGAGCUUUUAGGCCGAGUAUAUUUAUACAAUAGCAUCCCUUGGUGACUUGACUUUGUUUAAUUUGAAUUUGAGGCAACUUACAAGGAUUUGUCUCCAUGGUUACCCAACCAAAAAAGGAAACACUACUGUUAAUGGCACUAUAGACUGCACUAGAGCAAUUUCAGAUUGUGAAGCAAUAUUUCAGUGUUYGGUCUAAAAGUCAUAAUACAGUAUUUACCUGCUUAUAAUAACCCAUUAUUUCAAAUAACUCAUUAUUUCAAAUUUAGCCUAAACAGGUUCUUAUGUAAAUGGURCUUGGUGGAAUUUAAGGCUACGCAGGUUCUUAWAUAGGUUCWUAUUUAUCCCUUAUGUAUGAGGUUAAUUUCUAUAUUAAGAACCUAACCUGUUUCAAAUUUUAGGCUAAAUAAUUUCUUAUGUAAAUGGGUCUAAUUGAUAUUUUUAGGCAAACAGGUUCUUAAAUUGCAGGUUC